UGUUUACUUUCCCUGACUGCUUCUGGGGCCUUGUGUUAUUUGCUGACCAUAUUUUGUGAUGAAUCAUGUUUCGUUCCUUCCCUUUUCUUUUUUUACUAUGGUUUCUGCCUAUCCCUUCAUUUUCUUCCUUUGCUGGAGAAGACGCAAAUGCUCACAAGCUAAGAAUGUGGGAUUUGGGUUCGGGCAUUCAGGUGUAUCUCUCAAUGUGUUUGAUCCUUUAUUCCUUUUUUAUUUUUAUUGUGUCUCUUGGACUACAAUUCUGCUAAGUCAGAGGACGCCUCCUCUCCAGUUGUGUGGAAUUCUGAUAAAGUGGCAUAAAAAUAGACUUUGCUCAAAACACAAAAAUCCCACUGUCAAGCAAAAUUUGCCCUUCCUCCUUAUCUUAUCUGUUUUGAGUCACACAAACUAUUUGCACAACGCCUUCUACUGAGAAGAUGUUGUUUGUAUUUGGUUGACUCCCUUUUUGCCAAUCUCGGAGCCUGAGUUUUCACCUCUUUUCUCUUUUAAAAUCCUCCUCCCCGUGGAAAAUGUCAAAGCACGUUCCCCUAUUCUUUCUCAUAAAGCUUCAGCCGGCCUCAUCAAAAUCCAUUUGUUACAGACGGGAUUUUUCAAUCAAUUUUUCAAGCUGCCUGGGUAAACUUUUCUACGCGGGGGCAGUGGCACUUUGAAAAUCUCCUUGCCUUUCUGUCCCACCCAUAAGGACUCCUUCGAUGUGCCCUUAGCAAAUUGCUGCCACGGAAUUUAAAUAGCCAAAGCUCAUUGACCAAUAAAGUGACAUGUGUACUGUAUAACAGAGUUACAUAGACCUUGUGACUAGGAGGAAAGGUUAUUCAAGCAAAGGUGCAACUAGGACUACCUGUUGCAAUUGCAGGCACCAGGAAGGUAUCCCUACCUUUUGAAUGAUUAGAACAUAAUGACAGCUGAAGAUUCUACCGCUAGGAUGAAUAAUGAUUCCUCCAAAAUGCAGGCAAAUAAAGUCCAUAUUCCCGAAGAACUGGCAAAUGUGCCAAACGGACCUGCACUAAUACAACUAAUGGAACGCACAGGAUAUAAUCUGGUUCAGGAGAAUGGGCAACGCAAAUAUGGUGGACCACCACCAGGCUGGGAAGGGCUCCAUCCUCCUCGUGGAUGUGAAGUCUUUGUGGGUAAAAUUCCUCGUGAUGUCUAUGAAGAUGAGCUGGUCCCUGUAUUUGAGACUGCAGGUCGGAUCUAUGAAAUGCGCCUGAUGAUGGACUUCGAUGGAAAAAAUCGUGGCUAUGCCUUUGUAAUGUACACUCAAAAAUACGAAGCCAAGCGUGCCGUCAAAGAACUAAACAACUACGAAAUCCGUCCUGGGAGGCUGUUAGGAGUGUGUUGCAGUGUGGAUAACUGCAGGCUCUUCAUUGGUGGGAUCCCUAAGAUGAAAAAGAGAGAAGAAAUUCUAGAAGAGAUCUCCAAGGUGACGGAAGGUGUGCUAGACGUCAUUGUAUACGCCAGUGCGGCAGAUAAGAUGAAAAACCGAGGAUUUGCCUUUGUGGAGUAUGAAAGCCACAGAGCAGCCGCAAUGGCGAGGAGGAAACUGAUGCCUGGGAGAAUCCAACUUUGGGGGCAUCAGAUUGCAGUUGACUGGGCUGAGCCAGAAAUAGAUGUUGAUGAAGAUGUCAUGGAGACAGUAAAAAUUCUAUACGUCAGGAAUUUAAUGAUCGAAACAACAGAGGAUACAAUUAAAAAAGUGUUUGGACAGUUUAACCCUGGCUGCGUAGAAAGGGUGAAGAAAAUACGAGAUUAUGCCUUUGUACACUUCACAAGCCGGGAAGAUGCAGUUCAGGCCAUGAAUAAUCUCAACAACACUGAGCUGGAAGGAUCCUGCCUGGAAGUGACCUUAGCCAAGCCAGUUGACAAAGAGCAAUACACACGUUACCAGAAAGCAGCCAAAGGAGGCAGCGGAGGAGGAACAACAACAACUGAAGUAACUCAGCAGCCCAAUUAUGUAUACUCUUGUGAUCCAUACACCCUGGCCUAUUAUGGAUAUCCAUACAAUGCUUUGAUUGGUCCAAACAGAGAAUAUUUUGUGAAAGACCUCUGUUUUUCUUUCCAAGCAGGCAGCGUUAGAGGCAGAGGACGGGGUGCAGCAGGCAACAGAACACCUGGCCCAAGAGGUUCAUACUUCGGGGGAUAUUCUGCAGGCCGUGGCAUAUAUAGCAGAUAUCAUGAAGGGAAAGGAAAACAGCAAGAAAAAGGAUAUGAGCUUGUACCUAAUUUGGAUUUGUCUGCUGUCAGCCCAGUUGCCAUUAAACCUGGCACAGUGGCAAUUCCGACUAUUGGUACCCAGUAUUCCAUGUUUCAAGCUGCACCAACAGCAAAGAUGCUAGAAGACGGGAAGAUCCAUGCGGUUGAGCAUAUCAUUAGCCCUAUUGCUGUCCAGCAGGAUCCAGCCAGUGCCGCUGCAGCUGCAGCUGCCGCCGCAGCCGCUGGAGCUGUGAUGCCUGCCGUUUCAACCCCUCCUCCCUUUCAGGGUCGCCCCAUAACUCCCGUAUACACCAUGGCUCCAAACAUGCAGAGAAUUCCAGCUGCAGGAAUCUACGGUGCCAGUUAUGUCCCAUUUGCUGCCCCGGCUGCAGCAACAGCAACGCUAGCCACACUACAGAAGAAUGCAGCUGCCGCAGCUGCUGCUGCAGCUUACGGGGGAUAUGCGGGGUACAUCCCUCAGGCGUUUCCAGCCGCAACCAUCCAGGUUCCGAUCCAUGAUGUCUACCAGACCUAUUGAGACUUCUGGCUAUUGGUGAAGGUGGGAUAGGUUAUGAGAACCCUGAAGGAACAUUUGACUAUUUAUGAAGAAUGAACCUAUUGCAGAAGAAUAUGUCUGGAUGUCUGUAAACCGAUAAAACCUGGAAGUGAAGUUUAUAUCCAAUGCAUCAUGUUUGAAAUCUUUUAUACACAUGAAGUUUUUACUAACUUUUUAGGCUUUUAAAAAAUAUGCCUAUAUUCCUACAUUUCUAAAAUGGCUUGUUUUUCAGGGCCCAUUCUUCUAUACAGGUUUAUAUACAAUAGUGGUUGUUGUUGUUUUUUUCAAUUUUUAUCUUCACUAUAUUUGUGGUAUGAAGGUUAUUUUUUAGCAAGUUCAGCACUCCAGAGAUGUCUAUUUUGUAGUGCCUUUAAUAAUAUAUCAACUAAAUGUUUAAAAAGUGCACCUGAGCAGGUAGGGAAAAGUUUUUAAACAAUAUAUUUUGAAAACUAUAUUCGAUAUUUAAAGAGUACAUGCAAUAGAUUUUUAAAAUAUAUAUAUCUAUAUAUAUAUAUAUAAACACAAAUGUGUGUCUUAUUUAAAACGUGAAACUGGAAAGUGCAAUUUGAAAGUGCUUGAGACCUCUGCAUUGCGUCCUGGCACUUGUAUGGUUUCUUUGUUAUCUAGAGCCACAUCUUAACAUCUGCUGUUAUAAAGAAGCCCUCUUCUGUUUGCUCAAGUUGAAUUAUGCUUAGUGUUAAAAAAAAUAGUUUUCCAUAGAACCAUUUUUUUUGUAUUCAACAGAAUUCUGUAUAUUUUAGACACACAGCAGAAACAAACCUUUUAUAUAAUAUAAGAAGAUUAAUUUUACACAUUUCUUUACGGAGGUAGUUAACUAACAUUAAAAAAACAAACUUGGAUUUGUGUGUCCUUAUGGUAUCACUGCACAUGUGAAUUCCGAAUCUAGAUUACUCCAGACCUUACCCACAGGUUUCUGUAUUCAGAGCUGUCCCUCUGUUAAAAGCUGGCUUUCUAUGAAUUGUUAAAUCAGAAUUCUUGCCUUCUCAGUAUAGGGUUUUGCAUAUAGAAAACAAUUGAUGUAAUUCUUGGUGCCUCCAGCUAAAAUAAUCAAGUUGCAGUGAUAGCUUAGACUUUGGAGAAGUCUAAAUUUGUGUCAGUGUAAGGAUAUUAUGUUCCUACAUACGGAAGAAAUCAUACAAUGUGUUUAUUUAUGCAAACACAAUACUCUUUAAUCAUACCCUUUUAUCAUGGUCAACAUGUCAAGAGAGACAAAGAUACAGAGAGGGAGUAUGGACUGUGUUGUCGAUGGCUUUCAUGGCCAGAAUCAUUGGUCGUCGUGAGUUUUCCAGACAGAAUGGCCAUGUUCCAGAAGCAUUCUCUCCUGACGUUUCGCCUGACCUCUGUGACAGGCAUCCUCAGAGGUUGGAGGUCUGAGGAUGCCUGCCAUAUAUGUGGGCAAAACAUUAGGAGAGAAUAUAAUAAUAAUAAUAAUAAUAAUAAUAAUAAUAAUAAUAAUAAUAAUAAUAAAAAAUUUAUUUCUAUUCCUUCCUAUCUCCCCAAAGGGACUCAGGGCAGAGUCCAACAAACAAUGGCAUACAUUCAAUACCUUCAAAAAACAUAAAUAUUGGCAUAAAAUCUCAACAAGACCACACAUAUGAAUACAGCGUUAAAAACCUAACAUCAAAUUAAACCUAAUAUUAGUUAAUUGAGUAUAACAUAAACCAAUAUAAUCAGACAGAAUGCUUCUUGAGCAUGGCCAUACUGCCUGGAAAGUUCACAGCAACCCGGAGUAUUAACUCCUUCCUCUUCUCGAUAUAUUGUAUUAUGUUGUCUAAAAUCCCGGAACACAAAACAAUGCCAAAAAUGAUCUCUUGAUUAUCUGGUUAUUUUAUAGAUGAAUCCAUUUUUUUAGUCUCGGUUUACCAUUUUCUACAUGGUAAGAACAUGAAUGUAUAAAGAAAGCUCUAAUUGGCAGGCCUGCCCUGAACUGGCUGUUCCUAGAUUUUUAUAUUUGUUCAGGCUCAUAAUGUAAGGAGGCAUCAACUCAGCUUCAAUACUAACUAGCAUAUUACCUUCUAAAUGUUUGCCAUCCAGUUCUAACAUGGCUAAAUAAUACAGAUGCAGCCAUUUAGAGUUAAGGAUCAGCAAGUCUUUCCGUUUUCAUUUCUUCCCUAUUCAUUGAUCUCAGGUUCAUUCCCUUCUGAAUAUGAAUGACAUCUUCAAAUUCUGGUGACUUCUACUCAGAAUUAACCAAGAUGCAAUUCUCAUUCGUUGUCAAUUUUUAAUAUUUUUGCCAUUUUUUAAAAAACCAGAAGGCCACAAAAUAUACCUUCUUAAGAAGCUUUGCUCCUACCACAUUGCAAUGGCAUUCUGUAUCUUCCCAGAACUAUUCUAUAUAUGCAGCCCUGGUUUAAAACCUUGUCAAAUAAGUAAAUGUGUAGAUGGAAGGCAUAUGUGGGAGCGAUCUGGAAUCCUUCCAUGUGCAAAGAUGCAAUAAGAGAUAGUUAGUUGUGAUUUCUUAUACCUCUUUCCAGCAUACAGUUUUUCUCAUCUCUGGCCACAUCCUUGCAUGUGAACAACCGCCUUUUCAUUCCCAUGUGCUCUUGUGUUCCCGGACUUCUUGUGUUCCCGGACUUUAAAUACGAGUUAAUACUUUUAAUACCAUAGCAGAGACAAAGAAUGUAUACUAGUAUAAUCUAGGACCAAAUGUGCCUUAUAUAAAAGAAAAAAAAUCCCACCUACAACAUCACCCUGCUCUUUAUAGCAGCUUUACUAGAUUUCACAUUGAAACAAGGGUGUAAUAGUACAAUUAAAUGGAAUUUAUUCUCUUGCCUUAUUAUCCCUUCCAGCCACAGUUCUCGUUAUUUGUAAGGGGAGUUCCACAUGCACACUGGAGAAGGAAGGAUUGGGAAAAUUUGGAUUUAAAUAUAAUGAUCAUGUAAAUAUUUUCAAAAUAUAUUUUCAAAGUCAUGUUAUUUUGCUGUCUGUUAUGGCCAUGCCACAGAGCCAAUGUUUUAUUUCAAAAAGAUGUUUGUCAAGUAAUAUUAUUGAAGUAUUUUGUGGCCUGUUUAAAGGCUUUUAGUUAGUCAUGAAGCGAGUAUAAAAUGCUGAAAACAUUGCUUUGGACUGUGGUUCAGUCUGUGUUAUGUGACAUGCCCUGGGAACACCUAAAUGCUAUAUUAAAGUGAGGUGUGCAAUAAAUAAUAUACUAUUGAUGGGUGGAUCUGAAGGACUUUGAAGGCAGCUUCUGUAAACAUUCGGAAGUAACAAUAGUGCUUCCUCACCUGCUUCUCCCCAAUCACUUUGAAGAGAGGUGCCAUAAGUCUAAAAAUCUCCUAUUGCUGGAAGAAAGUCUAGAAACACUAUUGAGAUGGAGAGGUGUACUGAGGUAUGCAUACAAUAUUUUGGGAUGUCAAUCUGUGCAUGUAAUGGUGCAUUUAAUGGUCAGUUUUGCACAUAGCAGUAAACCAGUUUGUGAUUUGUUGAAUUCUGGCUUCUUGAUGUAGCUGAACCCAUGCUUACAAAUAAGCCAUGAUUUGUCAAAGAGCCACACACCACAAUGAGAAGCCAUGGUUUCUUGUUGGUUUAUGAACUCUGAUUUGUUAAAACCAUGGCUUCUCAUUCCGUAUGUGUUCCAGAAUUGCGGGUUGCCUCUUACAUCUUCCCCGAGAAGGAGCUGACAAGUGGUAAGAUAAAACAAAUUUUUCUUUAAAAAACCUCACAGAAAGAACAAGUGGUGUUUCUGGUUAUUUGUGGGACAAUUCAUGUCUAAAUCAACAAACCAUGGCUUAAUGUGGUAUGUAUAUGAGGCCAAUGUGAAUCCCUAAAGCAUACGUCAAAUGCAUGGGCUUAGAUCAGGCAUGGGUAAACUCAGGCCCUCCUUAUUUUCCUUGUCCUCUUGGCAUAAGGAUAUAGUGGCCCACUGCAUCCUUAUGCCAAAAAGACGUAGGAGGGAGGGAAGCAUGCAGCAGCUGAGAGCGCUAUUCAGGGCUCUCAGCCACCACGUGUCUCGCUGCAUAAGGAUAGUGUGAGAGACCCCAUCCUUAUGCCAGGAGGAUGCCUUGAGGAAGGCAUGUGGGGCCUGAGAGAGGUGCCAAGGGGACAGCCCGAGCAUCAGGGGAGGAGGAAUGGGGCAGUCGCCACAUGUCUUGCCUUUCUCCCAGCAUAUGAAUGGGGUGAGCAGCCCCAUCCUUAUUCCAGGAGAACAACCUAAGGAUGACCCCUGCCCUGUGUGUGCCCGGCCCCCAUCCCCCCCUGGCCAGGCUUGCAAUGCGGCCCCAAGGCAAAAAAGUUUGCCCAUGCCUGGCUUAGAUAAUGAUUAUUUAAACACCACUGUAUGCAGUUCAUUAUCAUUUCUAAUAGAGUCUAGUUUGAAAAACUUCUCUGAAUUUAAGUUAGAAGAUGAAAUAUGCAUAUUUUCAAGAGUAUCUUUUUCAUAAAUAGAUAGCUGUAAAUAGGGGUGUGAAACAACAGAAAUCUGUUUUGUUUUCAUUCUGUUUUUGUUUUGAAUUUUGGGUGCCCCCUUCCCCUGUUCUGUUUCCAGGAAAAUUCCCGGAGAUUAGGAGGGCUCCGUUCAGAUUCGUAAUUUGGGAUCCAGGGUUCCGUUUCCAUUUUGGGAAGGAACUUCCUGAAAACAGAACUGGAACCAAGGGGUGGGGGGUGGGACCCGAAACCUGAAAUGGAAAUAGAAAGAAAACAGAACUGAUUCCACCCAUUUCACACACCCCUAGCUGUAAUUGUUUGUUUCCCUUCCAAAGGGUGGCCCUUUAAAAAUAUGCCUACUAUUGCUGGAAUUACUGCUACACCCUACCUCAAAGGGCCACCUUAACUACUGAAGUACUUUAAUCUAGCAUCCCAGAAAAGUCCUGUUGCCCUUGAAGUACAAGCCUCAAGAAGGUGCAUUGAACUUUUACCAUAGCCUAGUUCUCCUGUCUUUGGACUUAUCACAUUAAUAGAGGCAUUUCAACAUUUCACAAAUAGUGGAAGAUGAAUUCUGCUAGUUCUUAAAUAAAUUUUUAACCCAUAUGGCCAAGUAGUCUUUCCACAAUUUUCUUCCUCCCUCUUCUUCUGCACUACGCAAGUCCUCACAGAACGGCUGCUAAUAGUAAAAGGCAGUGGUUAAUUUCCUGGACUAUAUCUCCCAGGAGGCCAUAGUGGAUUAGGGGAUUCUGGAAAUUCUAGUAUAAAAGAGUAUGUUUCAAUGUUCUGGGCUAUGCAUCUUUUUCUUCUCUUCAGUGCAUCAGCAUGCAAUAAUAAUGAGACCUGAGCCUGUAUUAUAUACAGUAUAUGAAAUACUCGAGGGCUUGCACCAAUAGAUCCAGGUACUUGUGUUGUUGUUUUUCUACAUAUUUCAACUUCUUUCUGUAUUUUACAUGGGCAUGUAUAGUAUCUUCAUUACCAGCAAAUACCAAACUAAAACAGGGCGAUACUCUUUCAAAUGCACUUGUCCAUAGGAACUCUGGGCAGGGGCAAAGGCUGAAUGCCGGGGAGUCAAACCACUGAGGUCCUUCAGGCUUCACAUGAGCCACCAGUCUGUGGUUUGACUUUAUUACCAUUUCUGAACCAUUUCAUUUAUACACUACUGAAGCAAAUUAUGACUUGAAAUGUGAACUUUUUUUUAGGUUAAGAACAAACUAUUAUAUAUGUUUGCCUUAUUUUAAAACGUGCUGUUAGCGUGGAGGUUCUCCUGUAUUUCUGUUCUUUGUGUGUUGUUGUUUCAUUUAAAAAUGCUUUCUUAGAAGGUAGUAAAUAAAACAUUUCUUUAAAACA